CUGAAAACCCCCUGGAAAUUUGAAGAGAAGCCUGAUACUUGCUUACUGUUGGAGGCUAUUGCUAAAGUGAUAUAAUUGUUGAAAUAUGAACAUGAACAUUUUUCCUCGUAAUAACGCUUUGAAAUUAGCGCCAUGCUCAUUUUACCGCCUCGCCGCUUCGGAUCAAAGGCGCGCCACUAGUCUCGAAGACGCAACCACGUGGUUCAAACGCACAUAAUAGACCCGAGACCGAGAGAAACCGCCUAGUUGACCAAAGUUGACAAACAAACGGUCUCCAAAAAAAGGGUAAAAAUUCAGUUCGUUCCAGUCUGAAUGCCGGAAAUUCAAUUGACGAAAGUAGCAAUAAAAAAAAAAUGAAGUAGUUCAAUAUCACUAUUCCUCGGACUAUGACAUCGAGAGUAGUGAAAGUACUUUGGGUUGGACGCCUCAGUUACGGAACUGGUCUUCGAUUACAGAAAGCAUUAGCAGACCAGCACCACGAUCAAACGCUGAACAGUCCAGCCAAUACUCUCGUUUUAUUAGAACACAAUCCCGUCUAUACCGUCGGCAUAAGAAACAAGGGAUACGACCAAGAAGAUGAAAAAAAAUUGAAAAACCUUGGAGCGGAAUUCUAUAAAACAAAUCGAGGUGGCCUCAUAACUUUCCACGGCCCUGGUCAACUUGUUGCUUAUCCGAUAAUAAACUUAAAAGAUUUCCAAGGCGGUAUUAAGUGGUACGUUUGUCAGAUAGAAAAAAUGAUCAUCAGACUCUGUGCAGAGUUUGGCAUCCAGGGAAAAACUUCACCAGACACUGGAGUUUGGAUCGAUGAUAAAAAAAUCUGCGCGAUUGGAAUUCAUGGAAGUCGGUACAUUACGACCCAUGGAUUGGCUUUGAAUUGUAAUACGGAUCUAAGAUGGUUCGAUCAUAUUGAUCCUUGUGGGAUUCAAGAUAAAGGCGUUACGAGCAUCAGCAAGGAAUUAGCCAUGGAUGUGAGAAUUGAUGAUGUACUUCCUUUGUUCAAAAAUGCUUUUCAAGAUCAAUUUGAGUGUUCGCUGGUCGAGUUCCCGCCUGGAGAAGCUUCGGAAAUACUCCGAAGUUGCAGUAAAGAUUGAUGAACUUUUAGAUAUAAGUAGUUCAAAUUUGUUCUUAUAUUAAGAAUGUUUUAAGUAGCUAUCCUUUAAAAGUUAAAAAAUGGGUCUCGUGCCCACCUACAGACUCUCCCAUUAUUUCCGCCAAUUUUCAACCCAUAUUUUUUCCUCAACCCCCUACUUCCCAUCCCAUAAUUUCCCCUACUUGGAAAAAAGUGCGACAGACGGAUGGACAUUUGACCAAAACUAUAAGGGUUUCUGCUUGGGGCUAAGAAACCCGAAAAAGCUGUAGCAACGAAAUAUCCCAUAGAUUGUUCUUUAUUUAUCUGUUAAUAAAGAUUUCGACUUUUCUGCACCAUCAAUUUUGUAAAUCAAAAUUUCCAAAUAAUUUUAUUUCAUGAUCCAAUUUAUUUGCAAAUAUUUAUAAACAUUAUUGAUUAAAAAGAGAAAUUCAAUUGUAAAUGAUUAAUAUAAUUAUUAAUAAUUCUGUUCGUAUAACGUCUUUUUAUCGCACUAUGUAAUAUGUAAACUUUUUCACAAUUCAAAGAAUUGAUAAAAACGAAAUUAUGAACAAAAACGUAGAAUAUCUUAAUUUCGAAAGUGUAUAAUAAAUUGUUGGUACUGAUAAAACAUUUUCGGUAUCGUUAACAAAAUAAUCACUGGUACCGAGAAAAAGAUUUCUAGUAAAAUUGAAAAGGAUUUUAAAGAAUGAUUUCAAAAGAUUAAUUUAAAGUUUUGAAUAUGUUGAAAAAGAAUCUAGAAGAUUUUAAAGAUAAUUUUGUUUUAAUCACA